UCCUCCUCCCGUCUUGACACCAACACUGCUGCCACCCACACCCCCGACCCUCUGGAAGAUCUGCCAUCUGAGUGUUGGGUGGGUUUCGCACUUCCCGGGACCUGGGUCCAGCCAUACGUAGGGUCGGAGGCACUGAGGGAUUUGUAAACUUGUGAUCACCAGCAUUGAGCCCUGGGUCUCCUCUUCACUGUUUGGUAUUUAUAGGUCUGUCUCACCUCCCAGGAUUACAACAGAAACCCGUCAUGCCUCUGGGAACACCUGCCCCUCUAAACAAGCGGAAAAAGCCCUCCAAGAUCAUAACCGACCUAUCACAUAUCACUCAGGAUGAGUAUGAGUCUGAGCCAGAGGCAUCUGAGUUUGACCUGGGAACAAAGAUCAGGACUCCCAAAGACAUCAUGCUGGAGGAGCUUUCCCUGAUGAAGAACCGAGGCUCCAAGAUGUUCAGGAUGAGACAACAGAGAGUAGAGAAGUUCAUCUACGAGAACAACCCGGAUGUCUUCAGCAGUGAGUCAAUGGACAACCUUCAGAAGUUUGUUCCCUCCCUCGGCGGUCAGAUGGGAGGUCAGAUGAUAAACGUUGGUGGGCACUUUGUUAGCAAACAGAAUGUGCAUCUGUACUUCGGAGGGGCACAAGCAGGAGGAGUAGGAGGAGCCCCUGUGCCUCCUCCAAAGCCCGGAAGCAAAGGUGCAGGUGGUGCAGGUGGAGCAGGAGGAGCAGGAGGAGCAGGAGGACUGGCUGGGGGUGUGACAGGAGAAGAAGGGAGUGAGUGGUCUCCACUGAAAGGAGGUGGAAAAGAUUCUUCAUCCAAGAAGGUGCUUGCUGUGAAGACGUAUGUGUCCCCAUGGGAGAAGGCCAUGAAGGGUGACGAAGGCCUGGUCGCCACUUUGAAAACCGCAAUGCCUGGUCCUGUUAACCCAAAGGAUCUGCCCAAGUACAAGUGCUUCAACAGGACUGCCAUGCCCUAUGGCGGCUUUGAGAAGGCCAACCAGUUCCUGAAAUUCCAGCUGCCCGAAGCUGAGGCGACCAAACAGGAGCCUGAACCCGCAGUGUACCAACAUGACAUUGGCUGCCGGCCUUCCUUCAACCGCACUCCUAUUGGCUGGGUGGGUAGCAGUGAGCCCAGCAGCAUUCACAUGGAGACGGAUGCUGUGCCCUUCGAUGGAGAGACCGACGAGCUGUGAAAACGCAUUCAUACUGUGAUUACACUCACUGCACACAUACGCACACACAAGCAUGACAGCAUACAAACAUGCUAGCAUGCACACACACAAAAUAGAUGGGCUUACAAUUAACUGUUAAACUGAGGAAUUUGAAUCCCUCGGUGUGGAUAACUGAAAGCGUACAUGAAAUGUGGUCGUGUUCUUAUCUUGCUCUGUAUUUCAUCGUAAGGCAAAGUAACAAGCUGUAGAUGCUACGGAGAUGAACCAUGAAACGUUUAUUUGUUAAGUUCGGAAAAUGAGUCGAAACACUCCUUUAGUUUGUCAGAAAAGCUGCUGUUCUUGGUGAGAAGCUGCAGAUUUUGUCAGUGAGGAAAGAAUGAAUCAUGUAUGAUGAGAUAUUUGUGCUGCUGUGCAUGCUGUCUUAAUGUCAACUUAUUACCAUAUUUGUUAUUACCCACUGCCUUUUUUGUUGAGAUUAUCUGAUCAUUUAUUGAGCUGUUAAAACCCAACGAACCUGUCUAAUUCAGGAUGCAUGCAGAGUCUGUUGCUGAUCCCUUAACCCACUGAACCAACAGUUUCUCCACAAUAAACUGUACCACUCAACUUGUAGAGUGAUUACAAUAUCAAAGAAA